UGCCCACGCUGCUCGCCGGUGCUUUUAGUCUGCUCCGGCUCGUGGGACGCAGUGGGGCCGGAGAUGCGGCUCUCCCGCCUCAGGCGUUCAGGGCGCUGCAGGGAGGGAGGAGCCAGGGGCGCCCUCGCCCUGCGGGUCUGGGCACUUCCCAGUCCGACGAGCGCAGUCGCUUGGUCUCCCACGGAUUGCUUUCCCAUCCUCAGAGCCUACGCUUUCUCAGAAACCCGAAGGCUUGACCCGCGGAGCCGCCGCCCGUCGUUCAGCUGCAGCCCAGUGGCUGAGAACCCAGGCGCUCGCAGAGCAGGAAAAGACCCCGGUACUCUCCACUGGCACUUCCGUGACAACAGGCUAGGACGUCGUCGUGUGUGUGUCGGAGGCCUGUCUGUGGGCUCCACUGGGAGUUUGUUCAAAGACAACAAACGCGCGCGUUCGAGUCCCGUCCCCGGUACGAAGGGCUGGAAAGAAGCGAAACCAGUGACUCAGCGCGUCCCGAACGAGCUAGGCGCCGCCCCGGGCCGCCGGUGCCACAAGGAGGCGCACCCCGGGCGGAGUCGCCGAGGUCGGCCUAGCUGACGUUCAGACCCGCCGGCUGGACGGCAGCGUGGGCAGGCGUGGGCCAUGGCCGGCGGGGCGGCGGGUCUGGGGGCCGAGCUCCUGGCCUUUGCGCAGGGCUGGGACCCGGGCGCAUCGUCCCUCGCCCACGGCUACAGCCUGCAAGAGCUCCGCGAGAGCGAGUUCCGCCGCUUGGCAGGAACGGUCUACCUUGAUCAUGCUGGAGCCACCUUGUUCCCACAAAGCCAACUCACAAACUUUACUAAGGAUCUCAUGGAAAAUGUUUAUGGUAACCCUCACAGCCAGAACAUCACGAGCAAGCUCACCCAUGACACCGUGGAGCAGGUGCGUUACAGGGUUCUGGCGCACUUUCACACCACACCCGAGGACUAUAGCUUGGUUUUCACAUCCGGAAGCACAGCGGCCCUCAAACUGGUGUCAGAGGCCUUUCCGUGGGUGUCCCGAGGCUCAGAGAACAGCGAGAGUCAGUUCUGUUACCUCACCGACAACCACACCUCCGUAGUAGGCAUGAGGAAGAUCGCCAAGGCCAUGAACGUCACCUCCACCCCAGUCAGCCCAGAGGACAUGUGGUUAGCAGAGGAAAGGGGCGCUGUGACCUCUGACCCUGACUGCCAGCUUCCACACCUCUUCUGUUACCCGGCUCAAAGUAACUUUUCAGGAAACAGAUAUCCCCUCUCCUGGAUAGAGGAGGUCAAGUCCGGGCGGCUGCGCCCCGUGAACGUGCCUGGGAAAUGGUUCGUGCUACUGGAUGCAGCCUCCUAUGUGAGCACUUCGCCUUUGGACCUCUCCGCUCACCAGGCAGACUUUGUCCCCAUCUCCUUCUAUAAGAUCUUCGGGUUCCCCACUGGCUUGGGCGCUCUGCUGAUCAACAAUCGUGUGGCUCCCCUACUGAGGAAAAGCUACUUUGGAGGAGGGACUGCCGCUGCCUACCUUGCAGGAGAAGACUUCUACAUCCCGAGGCCGUCAGUGGCUGAAAGGUUUGAAGACGGCACCAUCUCAUACCUUGACGUGAUAGCAUUAAAGCAUGGAUUUGAUGCCCUGGAGCGCCUCACAGGUGGCAUGGAGAAUAUUUCGCAGCACACCUUCCUGCUGGCUCGGUACACGCACACCGCCCUGUCCUCUCUCUGCUACCCGAACGGAGCCCCUGUGGUGCAGAUUUACAGUGACUCUGAGUUCAGCAGCCCUGAUGUUCAGGGUCCGAUCAUCAACUUUAAUGUGCUGGAUGACAGCGGGAACGUCAUUGGUUAUUCUGAGGUGGACAAGAUGGCCAGCCUGUACAACAUCCACCUGCGAACCGGCUGCUUCUGCAACACGGGGGCCUGCCAGAGGCAUCUGGGCAUCAGCAACGAGAUGGUCAAGAGGCAUCUUGAGGCUGGUCACGUCUGUGGAGACAAUGUUGACCUCAUAGAUGGGCAGCCCACGGGCUCCGUGAGGAUUUCCUUUGGGUACAUGUCUACAUUUGAGGACGCCCAGGCAUUUCUCAGGUUCAUCAUAGCCACUCGCCUGCACUCACCGUGUGGCCAGCCUGUCCCUCGGGCCAGCACUGAGGAGGCUGGAGCUCCAGCAGCAGAGAAGGUGCAGGACACACCCACAGUCACCAGGAGAGACUGUGUCUCACCUCAGGAAGGCGCCUGCAUGGUUUCUGGGUUUUGGAACAGCUCCAGCUCCACUGUGAGCACCCAGGCUUUGUGCCCUGCUGUGAGCGAGGUGGUCAGUGCUGAGCAGACUCCAGCAGAGAGAGCUGCAGGCAUCCUGCCUGGGGACCUUGUGCCGCACGUUGUCACCAACCUUUAUCUCUACCCCAUCAAAUCCUGUGCUGCCUUUGAGGUGACCACGUGGCCCAUAGGGAGCCAAGGUCUGCUGUAUGACCGGAGCUGGAUGGUUGUGAACCACAACGGUAUUUGCUUGAGUCAGAAGCAGGAGCCAAGGCUCUGUCUCAUCCAGCCCUUCAUCAACCUGCAGCAGAGGAUUAUGGUCAUCAAAGCCAAAGGGAUGGAGCCCAUAGAAGUGCCUCUCGAGGAAGACAGUGAACAGCUUCAGAUUUGCCAAAGCAAAGUCUGUACAGACAGCUCUCCCCAGAAUUCCUGUGUUCUCCCUGCAGAGCCUGGAACAGAGCUGGGUGCAGAGUAUGGAGUGAGAGCUCAAAGUGAAUCAGGGGGAACAGUUUAGAGGCCGCUGCAGCAGCUCAGAGGAGCCCUAUGGUGAGGGAAGAGACCGAGUUCUUAUUUGGUAAAGCCUGGCAUGUGGAUGUUCAGUAGCUGGAAGGGGUAGGGUCUAAGUGGGAAGCCUGCCUAAACGCCUGAGUUGGCAACAUGGGUGAAAGGAGGCGGAUGCUUAGACCAGAGUCAGAGAGAAUCAGGUAGGCCUCAGAUGUAUAGUCUGAAAAUACCCCACCUAAACUGGCUGCUGGAUGGAUGAGGCUGACAGGUGCAUCAAAGCAUCCCUCAGGUUACUAAAGUGGAGCAUUCAGUGGCAGCCCAUAAGUGACAUCCUAGAGAGCUGUGCAGUAUUACCUAGCAUGCAUGGUCGAUGAUAAAUUAUCUGCCCAAAUCUAGGAAAUGUGAAAUGGGGUUGAAUGUAAUGGCUUUUUUAGUUUAUGGUUCAAUGGCACAUGGUAAUCAUUCUGUUACUGAGUACAUCAAGUGUCCAUGUUCUUUGUAUUCUAAAUCUGACCUGCACCUGAAAUUGUGGAAUAGCAGAGUUUAUCAUCAUGGGAAACCUGUCACAUCUAGUACCAACUGAAUUCCCUCCAAUGCUACAGCAGCUACCUUAUUUCUAUGUACCAAAAAGGUUUAAAGAUAGAAAUUGUCAUUAGUUACUGCAGUGAAGUCGGUAGUGGGUAGGGUGCAUUUGGUUGUUGAUGUUACUCCACGUAUCAAAUGCGUUUCCAUUUCUAUCUCCGCUGCUGUGAACAUACACAAUCUUAUACCUUAUACUCAGACAUUACAGCUAUAUCCAAAUUGGAUCUGGUGAUGGAUGCCCCUGGGCAGAGGAUCCCUCUGGGGCUCUGAAGGGCUACACCCCCACAAAAGGGUGUGAAGAUGCUGGUAAUGACUGGGCCAACACAACUGAAGGUCACAGGCACUGAUUUCCAACCUGAAGGCUGAGAACUGAGCACAUACUCUAGAUUUUUGCAGGCACUGUCACCAACUUAACUGUUUUUGCCAGUUUAAACAUUACUUGCAGCACAUUUUCCAUAAGGGCAAUGAAUUUGGGGCAACGUUUUUGUCACAUGGCUACUACUCACCUUCCAAUAGAAGUGUAGCCCUUGAGGGAGACCAGCAGUUAUUUAUCUGGCUCAGCAGCAGUUGUUCUUUCCCCUUUGCUGUACCUGGGAGCAAUGCCGUCUUCUGGUUAAUAAAGCUUUUCUGAUGGCUAGGGCCCAGUGU